CAGGCGGAAUCAUGUAUUUCAUAGCAGACAAUAAUAAGAUCUGGGACGAUAUCGCGUUGGUCAAAAGCUGAUCGGUAUACAACUAAGAAGUUAGAUGGUCCCGUUUUCACUGCUGGAUUUUAGGCGCUAUUUAAAAUAGGCUUCUAUUAAUUAAUUAAGAACUCAGGCAGAGUCGUGCCAUUUAUGAUUACUUUUAUUAUUAUUUUUCUUGCCAAUUCCUAUGGACUAGGACCGCAUUCCCAACUGACAAAAUUAUGGCUAAGGAGAGAAGAGUUUCUAAACAAAAGGACAUAACCAAAAACACACUUAAUGUCGUUUUAAUAACGUUCAAGCCGACAGCAAUACAUAUUUCUCCCCAUAGGUGGCGUUUGUGUGACACUGUUCUCCUUAAGUUUCUUUUAGUUGAGUAACGGGUAGCUGUUAGUCGAGAAAAUCUAGUAUAUCGUACCAUGUUCUUUUAAAUUAUUUCGGGAUUCCCAAUAUACUCUGAAAAUCCGUAAUACUACAAAUAUAUUAUUCUUUAAAAUCACUUCACUUAUUAAAUUCGGUAUUUGAACUUAUUUCAUUCAGAUUUGUAAAGCCAAAAUCGUUAUACGCAGUUAUGUUAAUACCAUUAAUACAUCUAUACGAAGUAUAAGAGUGUAUUGCUCUAGCCCAUCGUUUGUGCGAAUUUUUGGCAAACAAUAUAGGAAAAUAAUGCAAAAUGUAUAGGAACCAGCUGCGUAAAUUUGCCAAUAAUCUUUGCGUACGAAAGUCGCGUGGAAUUAAACGCCUAUAAAAGCCACUGCCGCCAACCAUCUGCAAUCCAAAAUCUGAAAGUCUAAGAUGAAGGCCACUACUAUUCUAGCAGUUGUUUCCGUGCUCACCGCUUGCCUUUUAAGGAGCAGCGAGGCGGUGACCUGCACCGCCGAUGCCACCGUCGCAGGAUGCAUUGACUGCACCACCAGUCCAACCGAUGCCGAGUGCGUGGCCGAGGCAGCCGCCGCCACAACCACCACCACAACUGUAGCAACGCCCACCACCACCACAACCUCAGCGACGGCGACCACCACUGCGGCCUCCAGCCCAAGCAACUCCUCUGGACGGCGGAAGAUCGUGCGCAUCACCAAUCUGCGCUACACCAACGUUCGGCGCAUCCGCGUCAACCGGAAUCGCUUGCGGAGCACCACCGUUCGGAACCGGAGGCGCAGGAACAACUCCAGACGUGUUAACGUGAGGAGGGCCAACGGAAACGUUAUUAUUGUCGGCUAAGAACGUGGAAUUUAAUAAAAUGCUCAACAAGA